AUGUUUUUUCCGAUGAGUCACCGGAUAAGUCGCUCGACUAGUUCAGUCAGUGAUCGAGUGAACUUCGUCCAGCUCUAACGUGACUAUGAGGACCGCUAGCCUGUUGCUGUUGAUCGCGCUGUGCGCGUGCGUCGCCCACUGCAAAGACCUCAUCGUAGGCACCAGCUUUAACAACCGCCUGGUCUGGCAGAAGAAGGCGGAGUACAAUGCGAUACCGUUGAACAAGAGAGUCAAGGAAGUGUACUUCUCAGAUCCUGGCCAGCAGAUUAUUAAGGGAAUAAUAGCCCGUGAUCUCGACCACACCGAUUCUAUCGCCUACGUGACAGUCGGGGGAGUGGGACAUUCUUAUGCGAACAUCAGGCUCAAGAGCGAGAGAGGCUCCGGACUCAACUACCAGAUCGAAGUAUACGUUUAACUUGUAUCAAUAAAAUAUUAUAAUUUUA